GUUCUUUGGGUUUAAAUACGUCGCUGUCCUCUCGUUUCUCUCUCUCUUCAAACCCUCUCUGGUCUCGUCUGUGUUGGGUUCUCGUCCCAUGAUUAUUGCAGAUCAGGUCGCAACCACCGUUACAAGUCUUCUCACUUUCCUGCUCUCGUUUUUCGGCUCUCUCUAGGGUUUAUGCCCUCCAUCUUCCUCUUCUUCCUCCUUCAGGGCUCCGAUGUCGUCUGCCGUCACCGCUGCUCCUUCCUCCUCCGCUCUUUCUUCUAAAGUUUGUUAUAAUUCCGAGUGUAAGGAAUUGAAACCCGAGCGCCCCAGGAAGGGCUGGCGUCUUCGCACCGGCGACUUUGCCGAGCUCUGUGAUCGAUGCGCGUGUGCUUAUGAGGAAGGAAGAUUCUGUGAGACUUUUCACUUGAAUGCUACUGGUUGGAGGUGCUGCGAAUCCUGUGGAAAGCGGGUUCAUUGUGGAUGUAUUGUUUCAGCUCAUGCAUUUACCUUAUUGGAUCCUGGGGGUAUCGAGUGCAUGACAUGUGCAAGGAAGAAUGUCAUCUUACCACUAAAUCCAGCAUGGCCACCAUCUUUGUUUUUCCAUUCAACUUUACCUGACAGACUAAAAGAUCUGUCUGUGAAAAAUUGGAGUCAGUUGGCUGGAUCAGGUCCUGUACCAUGGCGCCAAGCUCCCAGUAUGUUCAAUUCUUCUCUCCCUUCUGGUGAAUUGCAUCAUAGAGCACCUUACGAAGUUGACAUAUCAGCUGCCCUUAACAAACUCAAUACCAGUGAAAGGUUGCCCAUACCUUUAGAAAAAAGGAAAAAUGACGACUUCUCUGAAAGGUUCCUGAAUGGGAGCCUGAAACAAUGUGCACAGGAUAUAUGUGAAAAUGGGACUGCAGGAGGAAUUAAAUGCGAGGAUAAAGCUAGCUCAUGUUCUAAUAUACCACAGCAGUCUAGCUUUGUGAAGGAGGAUUCAUCUACUACUCAAUAUGGUUUGAGUGUUCCUUAUGCACCUCCAAAUGAAUCGAAUGUACGGGGUAGGAUUUCUGGAACUCAUUUAAGACCAGCUCCAUCAUCUCCUCUGCCAAAGCAGAUCCAUACCAAUUUGCAAAAUGGAGCUGACACGUCUAAUGAAACACAUAUUCGCAAUGGAAGGCCUAGAGGAGAUUCACGUGGAACUGGAAAGAAUUAUUUGCUUCCACGCUACUGGCCUAGGUUUACUGACCAAGAGCUGCAACAAAUAUCUGUCGACUCAAAUUCUGUAAUUACUCCAUUGUUUGAAAAAAUGUUAAGUGCUAGUGAUGCUGGGCGUAUUGGGCGUUUGGUGCUGCCAAAAAAAUGUGCUGAGGCCUAUUUUCCAUCAAUCUCCCAGCCCGAGGGAUUACCUUUAAAAGUACAGGAUGCAAAAGGAAAGGAAUGGAUAUUUCAGUUUCGUUUUUGGCCUAAUAACAAUAGCAGGAUGUACGUCCUUGAGGGGGUUACUCCCUGCAUACAGUCCAUGCAAUUGCAAGCAGGUGACAUAGUGACAUUUAGUCGGCUAGAGCCAGAAGGGAAGUUGGUUAUGGGUUUCAGAAAGGCCUCAACAGCCGCUGAUCAGGAAAAUGAAACAAGCAAGACUAAGAAUGGAGCUCCUAUGCAUGGAGAUGCUGAACUGGCAGAUCCUAAUUCGUGGACAAAAGUUGACAAGUCUGGAUACAUAGCGAAAGAGGCAUUGGGAGCCAAACCUUCGAUUUCUAGAAAGAGGAAGAAUAGCACCUUAGGUUCAAAGAGUAAGCGCCUUAGAAUUGAAAAUGAAGACAUGAUUGAGUUGAAGAUAACUUGGGAAGAAGCUCAAGGAUUGCUUCGGCCUCCUCCAAACCAAGUUCCUAGUAUUGUGGUCAUUGAAGGUUUCGAAUUUGAGGAAUAUGAGGAUGCACCUAUACUUGGGAAGCCAACAAUUAUACCUCCUGAUGGUACAGGUGAAAGGAUUCAAUGGACGCAAUGUGAAGACUGUUUGAAGUGGCGGAAACUGCCCGUCAGUGCUCUUCUUCCGUCAAAAUGGACUUGUUCGGACAACUCAUGGGAUCCUGAGAGAUCUAUUUGCUCAGCAGCACAAGAGUUGUCAACAGAGCAGCUGGAAGAACUGCUAUCCCCUAGCAAUUCAGCCGCUGCUGUCAAGAAAAUGAAGGCCUCCAAACUAGAACCAGAUAAUGUUGUAGCUCUGGAGGGACUUGACACACUUGCAAAUUUAGCCAUCUUAGGGGAGGGCGAGGCAAUCCAGUCACCUGGCCAGGCCACCACAAAGCACCCUCGCCAUAGACCGGGAUGUUCAUGCAUAGUAUGCAUUCAGCCUCCAAGUGGGAAGGGACCAAAACAUAAGCAGACCUGCACCUGUAAUGUGUGCUUGACAGUAAAGCGUCGUUUUCGAACAUUAAUGCUGCGACGUGAAAAAAAGCAAUCUGAAAAAGAAGCAGAAACUACCCGCCAAAGGUAUCAAUUUCAAGAUGAAUUGUUCCUCGAUAGAUCCAUGGACGAUGAAUCUCUUACUUGUAGUAAUACUAGUACAAGUAAGCUGAUUGAGGAGGGAAAAAUAAAUGAGGGCUCCGAUGACGAUCCAAAUAGGAACAAGCCUUCCAGUUCACCUUUUAAAGGCCAAAUCGAUUUGAAUAUGCAGCCUGAGCGAGAGGAAGAGCUGUCACCAGGUUCUGAUUCAGGAAGCAUGAUGAAAUUGCUUCCAGACACUGGGGACAGGUUCCUUGAGCAGCAGAGAUCGAACUCUGGCGGUAGCGGAAGUUCAUCAAGCGAUCCAUUAGAACCUGGAGGAGAACGUGAACAUAGAGGUGGGAAUAAUAGUAGCAAUGGCAUUGAUCUCAGCAGCAACGUAGAUGUGGAUAAGGACUGUCCUGCAACGUUGUCCUUCAAGGCUUCAGCAUCCAUGUCAGCCACGGGGUGAAGUAAAACAGUCUGCUACAUACGGAUGCGGGUACUAUAUAUAUAUAUAUUCAUCACAUACACUGCAUUUGGGGGUCAGUUUUUGUUGUACAUUCAUCCACGCUGACUUCAUCCAUUUGCAAAUCUGUACAUAAAGAGCGUUAGGAAGUGUUAAUCAGGAUUGAGAAACCUAUAGUUCAGACAAAACCCACUUUCUAUAAGUAGUUUUAGAGGACAGCGGAGUGCUACUGCUGAGCAGGAAACUGAACCGAUGAAAUUGUCUACUAAAUCAACAAUCUGACAUUAGGAAGCAGCAUAGAAUGAAUACCUUCAUGCAGAAUUUUUAACACCUGACCUUUGAUUUUCUCAGUACAGUUGAAAUGGAAACUGGUUUUCAAGUUGGCACUGAUUACAUUUCUUGGUGAUCCCAAGUGUAUGUGGCAAAGUUCACGAGGUGGAGGAAUAUUUUUCUUCCUCUGUCAUUCUGGAUUUUUGUUGUAGCAAAUUCUUUAAGCUUGCAAUUACUACACACUGAAUUUGGACAAUGUUGAGCCAUUUGUAUAUGAAAUGUGGCCUAGUGGACUAGAGGUAGCAGGCAGAUUGGAGGCAUAGUAGAGCAUGUUUAAAAAUGAUUUUAGAACGAGUGAUUUUGGUUGAAGAGAUUUCAGUGACAAGUAAUUUCAGUGACAAGUGAUUUUUA